CCAGGUCCUCAAGAGCUCUCCCUCCAAGGCUCUGAAGAUGGACCCGCUCUGCCUCUCUGCAGCCCUUCUCAUCUUCUUGAACAUCCAGGCGGCUGGCGCUCAGGGGAGUGACACCGUCUCCCCUUCCCAACGCCGCCCUGUGUUCUGCCUGGAGCCUCCUUACAAGGGACCCGGCAGGGCUGUGUUGCCCAGGUUCUUCUUCAACACCAGGUCCGGCUUCUGCGAGGCCUUUGUGUUUGGCGGCGGCAGAGCGAAGCUGAACAACUUCCUGACCAAGGACGAGUGCACCCGAGUCUGCAGUGGGAGAAAACCAGCUUUCGAGACUCAGUACCAGCUCGAGCUCCAGGCGCAGCCUGCACUCAAGGAUAAGCCUGUGGACAAGACCCAGGACAAGGGGCCCGCGUGCCGGCACCUGGAGCCUGAGAACCAGGACGGGGACGGAGACUCUGACCUCAAGGACGACGACGACGAGGAGGACGAGAAACCUGAGGAUGAGAAGCCUGAGAACCAGGACGGGGACGGAGACUCUGACCUCAAGGACGACGACGACGAGGAGGACGAGAAACCUGAGGAUGAGAAGCCUGAGAACCAGGACGGGGACGGAGACUCUGACCUCAAGGAGGACGACCACGAGGAGGAUGAGAAGCCUGAGGACGAGAAGCCUGAGGACCAGGACGACGACGACGACUACGAGGACGAGGACGAAGAGCCCCAGGGUUAGGAUGAAGAUGAACCUCAGGCGGAGGUUCUGGAGGCUACCAGUCUGACAUCAAGGAGACAGCAGGGCCAUGUUCCCUCUGAAGGCACUGAAGAAGGGUUUGUCCCAGGACACUCUCCUACCUCCUGGAAAGUCCUUGGUUUGUGGCAGCAGAAGUCCAGUCUUCACUUGCAUUUCUCCUGUCUGUGUCCUAACUUCCCUUUUACAUAAGGCCAUCAGUCAUGUUGGAUUAGGGCCCAGCUUCAUGACUUCAUCUUAACUGGAUCACCUCUAUAAAGACCCAAUUGUUAAAUA